AUGUUAUUAACAAUGAGCCAAAGCGAUGUUGAUGAAAAUUAUAUUGAAAUUGAUAGUAAAGAAGAGGCUUCAAGCAACCUUUUUUCCCAGCAAUCAAGCCAAAAUGAAGUUAAUGAAGUUGCUAGUAUAGAAACUCCUAGUGAUCUUUUUUCUCAACAAAUGCCUGCUAUUUUAAUUACCCGUAAUGGAAUAUCCAAGAGGCGUCUACAUGAAACAUUAUCAAUACCUAGUACCACUUUUGAACAAGCAUUAAACUUAUAUGUUAGGUUACAAUUUGACUAUUAG